UUAUUUCUAAUCAAACUCUUAAUCCUUCUUUGAAAUCUUCCCGCUAAAUCAAAGCCGACGGAAGAUUUUCUCUUCCAAUUUGGUCAAUGGAUUGCAUUUACAAUAACCCAAAUGCACUCAUAGAGGAUCGAGUCAAAGACCGUCUUUCUCGAAUGACUCUACAAGAAAAAAUGGGCCAAAUGACCCAAAUUGAGCGAACUGUCGCCACUCCUGCUGCUCUCAAAAGCUUUUCGAUCGGUAGUAUACUGAGUGCUGGUGGAAGUGCGCCGUUCGAGAAAGCAAUGUCAGCUGAUUGGGCUGAUAAUAACGUUUAUGGUGCCACUAUAUUUCCUCACAAUGUUGGCCUUGGAGCUACCAGGGAUGCAGAUUUGGCUCAAAGAAUAGGGGUUGCCACUGCUCUUGAAGUUAGGGCAAGCGGCGUUCACUAUGCCUUUGCUCACUGUGUGGCUGUAUGCAAGGAUCCCAGAUGGGGAAGAUGUUACGAGAGUUAUAGCGAAGACGUCGACAUCGUUAGAAAAAUGACUUCCAUUAUUACAUGUUUGUAGGGAAAACCAUCAGUGGA